AUGAACAGAAUCAAAUCCCUUUGGAAUCAACGGGGUGAAAUCAAUUUAAUUGACCUUGACAACGAAUACUACCUUGUCCGUUUUGCUAUUGAGGAUGAUUAUAAUAAUGUGUUAUUGGGAGGGCCUUGGGUAAUCUAUGGCAGUUAUCUUACUGUCCAACCAUGGAAUAGAUCAUUCUCUACUGUGGCCAACCAUCCGAUAAAGAUUAUGGUUUGGGUACUUUUUCCUGGUCUACCCUAUCGGUACUAUACGAAAAGUUUAUUUCGGUGCAUUGCUGGCAUUACUGGAAAUGUGGUUCGUAUUGAUUAUAAUACUGAAGACGGGAAAAGAGGGCGGUUUGCGAGACUUGCUGUUGUUGUGGAUUUGGACAAACCUAUAGUUUCUGGAAUCAUAAUAGAUGGACAACACCAAACCGUGGAAUAUGAAGGUCUUCCAUUAAUCUGCUAUGCUUGUGGGAAGUAUGAACAUACUUGUGAACAAUAUGGUGGGAUUACUAGUACCGAUUCCGGUGAUAUGAAAGGUAAUCAAGUCAGUAUCACAGAGGAAAACCCCUAUGGGCCUUGGAUGCAAGUAGCCAAUAAGAAAAAAAGGAACAAUGCAAGUCGGAUAAGCGCGAACGAGGAGACUUCAAAGCAGAAGGCUGGGCAGAAUCUUGGUUCGCGUUAUACAAUUCUUGAGAAACUCAAAGAUGUGGAGUGUGGACAUGGGGAGCGAGAAUACUGUGGGAGAGAAGGAAGCUGA